GUAGUGUUUCUAUAUAGUUUGUGUCUGUGGGUAAUAAUAACGAGAAAAGUCCGGUUUGUUGAUGAAAAAGAGAAUUAAAUAAUCAAUUUUAAUUUUUAAUAAAGCUAUAGAAAACAGAAAUGCCCUUUAGUGAAGGAGAAGUUUGUAGAAUUUGUUUAGGCGUUAAUGUACGCAUGGUUGUACUAAAGGAGACUGGCCUCCAAAAUUUGUAUAGGACAUUGACGAACAGUUUUGUAAGUUUUUUAAUAUUUAUUUCAUAGAAUUAUUACGCAUAGAAUACUAGCACGCGCACCGAAAGUGAAGCAAGUAAAACUAACGGGAAACCGCGUUAGUUGACUCAGCGACGCGUCAGUGCGCAACGUCACGUCUAACGGAGAAGAGCUCGCGAAGAAUUGUAAAAAUUACAGUUUGUCUUGUAAAAUAUUGUCACAACGGUGAUGAUAAACAUAAAAGAAGUGAUGAUAUUACAUUUCACGUAUAAGUUUAUACAUUUAAUUCAUUAUAAGUACGUAAAACUAAAAAAAUACUUACCUAAGCUCUCAUAAUACAAAUGUUGCUAGUUGUGGGGAAAAAAUCACAAUUUUCUUUUAAAAAUAUUUAUUUUCUAUUUGUGUUUAAAACGUUAAAUCGUAACGCUCUGUGUAAAACUCAAAUGUUUAUAUAUAGAUACCUACUUCUCCAAGUGUUAAUAUUAACAAUGCGUGCCUAUUUAAAACUAAUACGGAGUGAUCAGCUAAUCGCGAUUCGUCGACGCCAUUUUAACGCAACUAUUUUAUUUUAAUUGCUUUGUUUAUUGACUAAGGCUAAGUUUUAGAGUAUAGAAUAAAAACUUUUUUAUUUACAACAUCAAGAGAUUAUUAAUAAGAACGCCUUUACUAACCAGAUGUCACUUUACACCCAAACAUUAACCAGAUGUUACGUCAGACCCAAACAUAGCCUAUUUUAACCGACUCCCGUAGAGAAAGGUUAUCAAUAUGUAUGUACACUGAUUUCUAAGCUUGAUCAAUUCGUAUAUACAUGAUGAAAUUUUAGUGGUUGUUGUACCGCAGCCAAAUUAUACUGUCUCGAUAGUAGAGUCAAUUUAUUAAAUUAAAAAACAUUACAAUUAAAAAAGGGCAGAUUUACAAUAGUAAUACCUCACAAGCUAGUAGGGCGUCCAGACUAGUUUAUGUCGUAUCACUACGCUUGAGACUCCAUGUUAUGAAUAUUUAUUAGUGGCCUUUCACUGUGUAGGAAGCGGUAGCGCGUGCAAUAAACGUAACACAACAUUACGUCCAGUGAAUUUUUUUUUCAGACUUUAUUAUAGUAAUUCGGUAUAAGCUAGCCUGCACGCCCGACCUAAUUGCGAGAUAUUGCUAUUGGUUUGUGAUCGCAUUCGAGUUUUGUUUUUCUCGAUUGUAAAUCUGCCAUUUUUGCAUCCUAAUAAUUUUUAUUUUAAUAAAUCUAAUGUACUACUAAAGCAAAAUCAUUUUACUUCGGGAAAACAACCAUUAAGAUUUCAGCGUGUAUAUUGGAUCAAUCUGUGUGUAUAUCCUUUCAAAUAAAAAAUCUAAAUCGGUUUAGAAAUUGUAGAAUUUUGAGGUAAAAAACAUUAAAAAAAUACACAGAAUUGAUAACCUCCUCCCUUUUUGAAGUCGGUUAAAAUUAAACAUUACACGAUGUGCUUAUUAUAUUCGGGCAAAUUAAUUGUGUUUAAUAAUAUUCUCAAAUUUUAUUACGUCUGCAUUUUUGUACCAUUAAUAUAUGUAUAAUAAAGUUGUAUUAGUACCAUCAUUAUCAUGUUUAUUUUAUUCCAUUUUAUAUUCUCAUAAAAUACAUCUUCGUACGUAAUACGUAAUCUUUAUUAUAUCGAUUUUUUAAAAUUAAUCAAAAAAUAGUGAUUUGCACAAUUUGAUUGCAAACGCCAGAAACUGGUAUCACUGAAUUGCGUGUAUGUUUGCGUGUGACUGUGACGAGCGUAGGCACAUUCGACUCGCGCCCACUAACAUAAUGAUCUUGCAUCAUUUUAACGCUCGUGUUUUGUACUAGACUGCGUUUCUAUGCGUAAUAAUUCUAUGAUUUAUUUAUUGUUAAAUGAAGUUGCGAUAAUUUGUUAUUAUCACUGGAGAAAUACAUUAUGAUGCCCGAUAUAUGUACGAUAAGGUGUAGCGUUAAAUAUUGUGACAAGCACAACCAGAACCUCUAAAAUCAGUAUUAUCAUUUAAGUAAAGCUUAGUAGGAUAUACUUGGGUAUGCAAGGAGCGGCAUGUUGCGCAACAUGUCUCUCAAAUACUACGUGGAAUGUCCCGAGACAUAUGUCGCGAAACUUUUUGCAGUCCACACUAGUCAGUACUCAGUAGUCAGUGCUUAUAGGAAUGUCGCCCGAGGAGGUUGUGGCGAUUAGUGCUCCGUACGUAGUGCUUAUUGCAGAAGUGAAACUUGGAUGAGAAUGAGGGGCCCAUAAUUGUCUGUUUCACCUGUCAUGCAAGACUCAUUCGUUGCAGAAGAUUACAACAACAGGCUAUUGAGUCAAAUGUGGUUCUGGAGCAGUUGCUUUCAGGAGGAUCCAUGUCAAUACCAAAACCGCAUAAGGUUAGAGAUGAGAUUCAAUUCACACCAAUUUGUCAUAUAGAUAUCUGGCCUGUAGAGUGUGAUAUAGAAAAAGAGUGUAAAGACGAAAUUUUUUGCCUUGAUGCCGUUAAAGUUGAAGAGAUUUUCGAAUAUGAGAAUUCCAAAUUGGAAGAUAAUGAGAAUCAUGAAACAGAACCAUACAUCAUACCGACAAAUCAUUUUUCAAAAGCGUCUGAGAGCAAGAUUAAAUCAAAUUCUACUGAUUGUAACAUAAACGAUGUUCGUAAAGCAAACCUCGAUUUAGAAAGCCCUACUAUUAAAUCAAAGCCUAAAGUC